CACCCCAUCACAUUAUAAGGCCUAAAAACAUAUUCCAUUUCUCACAAUCACACACUCAACCAAAAAAAGAGAACUAUAUGGAAAAACUUAGAAGCAUGAAGUUCCUCAUAUACAUAGUUUUUUCUCUUCUUUUUCUUUCUCAACACUCAAAUGGUUAUGGCUCCAAUCUUAUCCUUCAAUCUUGUAGGGAUGCCUCUAAUAAUGACCCAAAUUUGAGCUAUGAUUUUUGUGUUACAUCCCUCAAUGAAGCUUGCAAGAACAAAUCACAACCUACCAAACUUGAAGAUCUUGUGAACAUAUCAAUUCAGCUAACCAAGUCCAAUGGAACCAAAAUCAUUUCCAUAAUUUCAAAGCAGUUGCAAAACCAAACUCAAGAUGAAUAUGUCAAAUCAUGUUUACAAGAUUGUUUUGAUCUUUACAAUGAUUCACUUUCAUCUUUAGAUGAUGCUUUGGUUGCUUUCAAUAAAUCAAAGGAUUUGGACACGGCCGGUAUAAACGUUAGCGCCGCCUUAGAUGAUUCGGUUACAUGUGAAGAUCAAUUCAAAGAAAGGAAAGAGAAAAAUGAAACUUCUCCUUUAACAAAAGAGAAUCGUGUUUACUUUCAACUCAACGUCAUAUCUCUAUCUUUUAUUCAAAUGAUUCAUCAACAUAACUAGCUAGCUAGCUCUUGAGAAGAAGCAUGUACAUGUAGUGUUCUGUGAGUCAUGUGAAAUUAAUUUUACUAGUUUCAUAUGUGAAAAAAGUUGAAUUGUGGAUGAAAAUUAGAGAUGAAAAAAAUAAAAUUAAUCUAGAGAUGGAUUGUAUUUAUUCAUAUCUAAUUUUUGUUGGUUAUUACUUGUCUUUUUAAAUAUAUAUAUAUAUAUAUAUAUAUUGAUAUUAUUUCUGUCAAAAAAAUAAUAUUGAUAUUAUAUGUUAUUCUGUAUAUUUUUUGGGUGUAAACCGGGUAAUCCCUCGAGCUUUGUAGGAUUUAAAUGGACGGCAAACUCUCCUUAAGAGGUUUAACGUUGUUGUAUGCCUAGGACUAAGACAGAGAUCGAACUCAGAAUUGUAUUGAGGUUGAAAUUGUAAGUGUGAUUUUCUUUUUUCUUUUUUCUUUUUAUUUGAAAGAGUGUGAUGAUUUUCAUAUGAAGGAAUUGCUUUUUUUUUUCUUUGUUU